CCGUUGUGCGGUGCCUCCGUCUGUGCGCUUCUAGAGCCACGGUCCUCACUUCAGUGUUUAUUUGGUUGUCAUGGCGGAGGGACGUGCAGAGCUAUUGCCUCGGCCGCCGCUUCACCUCUCCUUACCCCCAGCCAGCAAGCGUCCGUGCUUGCGUCCCGCUCCUCGAGGACCGGGUCCGGGGCCUGGGCCGGGAUUUCCGAACUCUCGUUUCCGUUGCCCGGAAUCUCUACUGGACUGCGCUGCGAAGGCCGUAGCGGAGAAAUGGGCCUUCGAGAGGGUGGAGGAGCGCUUCGAGCGGAUCCCGGAACCGGUUCAGCGCCGUAUCGUGUAUUGGUCGUUCCCGAGGAACGAAAGGGAAAUAUGUAUGUAUUCGUCGUUUCAGUGCCGAGUGGCGGGGGAAGAAGGCCCGGUAGUUGGCUCGAGCUCGUCCGUUGGAUCUGGUACAGUCCCCGGAGGGGUUACUAAUACAACAGUCAGCGCAGGGACGGGGGUUACCGGAGAUGGACUGCCUUUUCGCCGGGGAAUCCGGCUUUUGGAAACCGGUUGUGUGGACAACGUCUUACAAGUCGGUUUCCACCUCAGUGGCACAGUCACAGAGCCGGCAACACAAUCCGAGCCUGAGACGACGCAUAAGGUGGCCAUCAGCUUCGACCGCUGUAAGAUCACGUCAGUAACAUGUGGCUGUGGCAACCGAGACAUCUUCUAUUGCGCACACGUGGUGGCGCUGUCCUUAUACCGCAUCCGCAAACCCGAGCAAGUCAAACUGCGGCUGCCCAUCUCAGAGACACUCUUCCAGAUGAACAGAGACCAGCUGCAAAAGCUGGUGCAGUACCUUAUCACAGCCCACCACACAGAAGUACUGCCCACCGCCCAAAAACUGGCAGAUGAAAUCCUGUCCUCCAAUUCUGAGAUCAACCAAGUACAUGGGGCCCCGGAUCCCACAGCAGGUGCCAGUAUUGAUGAUGAGAACUGCUGGCACCUGGACGAGGAGCAAGUGAGGGAACAGGUCAAGCAGUUCCUCUCUCAGGGAGGAUACUAUGGCUCAGGCAAGCAGCUCAACUCCAUGUUUGCCAAGGUGAGGGAAAUGCUGAGGAUGCGUGACUCAAACGGGGCUCGGAUGCUCACGCUCAUCACGGAGCAGUUCAUGGCUGACCCGCGCCUAUCUCUAUGGCGACAACAGGGCACGGGCAUGACCGACAAAUGCCGACAACUCUGGGAUGAGCUGGGUGCAUUGUGGGUGUGUAUCGUGCUGAACCCGCACUGUAAAAGUGAAGAGAAGAGCGGCUGGCUGAGACAGCUGAAGAAAUGGGGAGACAUGGACAUCUGCCCUCUAGAGGAUGGCAAUUACGGCAGCGAGCUGCCCAACAUCACCAAUGCUCUGCCACAGAGCAACCUGGCUCAGGACUCACUGGCCCGGCCUAGAAGAACGGUGUUCACGAGAGCAAUGGAGGCCUGUGACCUGCAUUGGCAGGACAGUCACUUGCAGAGAAUCAUCAGUAGUGACUUCUACAUGUCCCCGGCUUACCAGAGAGAGGGAGAGAGCCUGCUCUUCAACCCCCAGGGCCUGCCACUGUGGCUGGAUCACGUGCCUACAGCAUGCGCCAGGGUGGAUGCUCUGCGUUCCCAUGGUUACCCCAGAGAAGCCUUGCGACUGGCUGUUGCCAUAAUCAACACCCUCCGGCUCCAACAGCAACGGCAAUUAGACAUAUACAAGCAUCAGAAGAAAGAACUGCUGCAGAGGGGAAUGACCAACACCACCAAUCUGGAGGGCUGGGUAGGCCACCCCCUCGACCCCAUUGGCUGCCUUUUCGCCACUCUCACAGAGACGUGUCGAGUGGAGGAUGACAAUACCAUGGAUACCGGAGAUUCCGGUGAGCCCAAGCCUCCAGUGUACCAGCAUGUACCAGUGUGGGGAUGUCCAGAUGGAGGAGAGUCGUACCUGGCACUGGCCCUAGAGGUGGCGCUGAUGGGUAUGGGGCAGCAACGGCUAAUGCCCGAGGGCCUUUACGCACAGGACAAGGUGUGCCGGAACGAGGAACAAAUUGUAGCCAAGCUGCAAGAGAUGGAGCUGGAUGACAUAUUAGUGCAGACACUCCGCAAACAAGCCAUCCUCCUUUUAGAAGGUGGUCCCUUCAGUGGUCUGGGGGAGGUCAUCCAAAGAGAGAGUGUUCCCAUGCACACGUUUGCCAAGUACCUCUUCACUGCUCUCCUGCCACACGACACAGACCUGGCGUACAAACUGGGUCUCCGUGCAAUGAGGCUUCCAGUACUGGAGUCCACGGCUCCCUCAGGUGACGGAGGACACCCUCACCAUGGCAUCUCCAUAGUGCCCAGCAGAUAUCCACGCUGGUUUACACUGGGCCACCUGGAGUCUCAGCAGUGUGAACUGGCCUCCACCAUGCUUACUGCUGCUAAGGGUGACAUGUUGAGAUUGCGGACUGUUUUGGAGGCUAUUCAGAAGCACAUCCACUCCUCUUCCCUUAUCUUCAAACUGGCCCAGGAUGCCUUUAAGAUCGCUACUCCUGCAGAUAACCCUCCUGAUAUCACACUGCUAAAUGUAGCACUGGAGCUCGGUCUUCAGGUGAUGAGGAUGACUCUGUCCACUCUCAACUGGAGGCGGCGAGAGAUGGUUCGCUGGCUUGUCACAUGUGCUACUGAAGUCGGUCUGAGAGCUUUGGUUAGCAUAUUGCAGAGCUGGUACACUCUCUUCACCCCCACCGAAGCCACCAGCAUAGUGGCAGCCACAGUAAUGUCCCACAACACCAUCCUGCGCCUGAGCCUCGACUACCCACAGCGGGAGGAGCUCGCCAGCUGCGCACGCACCCUGGCCCUGCAGUGCGCCAUGAAGGACCCUCAAAACUGCGCCCUGUCCGCCCUCACCCUCUGCGAGAAGGACCACAUCGCCUUCGAGACAGCUUACCAGAUAGUCAUCGACGCCGCCUCCACGGGCAUGACCUACUCUCAGCUCUUCACCAUUGCCCGCUACAUGGAGCACCGCGGCUACCCCCUUCGAGCUUUCAAACUGGCGUCUCUCGCCAUGACCCACUUGAACCUGGCCUACAACCAAGACACGCAUCCGGCCAUCAAUGAUGUGCUGUGGGCUUGUGCGCUCAGCCACUCGCUGGGCAAGAACGAGCUGGCCGCCAUCAUCCCUCUGGUGGUUAAGAGCGUUCACUGCGCCACGGUGCUCUCGGACAUUUUGCGGCGCUGCACCAUGACGGCCCCCGGCCUGGCCGGCAUCCCUGGCAGACGCAACUCGGGCAAGCUUAUGAGCACUGACAAAGCCCCGUUGAGACAGUUACUGGACGCCACCAUCAGCGCCUACAUCAACACCACCCACUCCCGCCUCACGCACAUCAGCCCGCGCCACUACGGAGAGUUCAUAGAGUUCCUUAGUAAGGCGCGCGAGACCUUUCUUUUGGCCCAAGAUGGCCACAUUCAGUUCGCCCAGUUUAUAGACAACCUCAAACAGAUCUAUAAGGGCAAGAAGAAACUCAUGAUGUUGGUACGGGAACGUUUCGGUUGAACCUCGCUUGAUUGCAGGGGAAAUUGUUCUUCUUUCAAUCUUCUAUCUAUUUUAUUC